UCUCACCCUUCAGUUCUUCACUCGCAGAUAUAAACCUCACUAGGGUUCAAUCUCUUCCCCAGACACAUUCUCUCUCUCUCUCGAUCGAGUCACAUUUCUCUCGAUCGAUCUUCAAAUUUCUCAAAUUUCCUCUUCGUCUUCGUCUCUCUUGCAGGCAAAAUGAGAGAGAUUCUUCACAUUCAAGGUGGACAGUGCGGAAAUCAGAUCGGAUCAAAAUUUUGGGAAGUUGUUUGUGAUGAACAUGGCAUAGAUCCUACUGGAAGAUAUGUUGGAACUUCAGAUUUGCAGCUCGAACGUGUCAAUGUCUACUACAAUGAGGCUUCUUGUGGGAGGUUUGUUCCUCGUGCUGUGCUCAUGGAUCUUGAGCCGGGCACCAUGGACAGUGUUCGCACUGGUCCGUAUGGCCAGAUCUUCCGCCCUGAUAACUUUGUUUUCGGUCAGUCUGGUGCUGGAAAUAACUGGGCCAAAGGACAUUACACUGAGGGUGCAGAACUUAUUGAUUCAGUUCUUGAUGUUGUGAGGAAGGAGGCCGAGAACUGUGACUGUCUUCAAGGUUUUCAAGUCUGCCAUUCCCUGGGUGGAGGAACAGGUUCUGGGAUGGGUACCUUGUUAAUUUCAAAAAUUAGGGAGGAGUACCCUGACAGGAUGAUGCUCACAUUCUCUGUGUUCCCAUCGCCAAAGGUUUCAGAUACUGUUGUUGAGCCAUACAAUGCUACCCUUUCUGUCCACCAGCUUGUUGAGAAUGCAGAUGAGUGCAUGGUGCUUGAUAAUGAAGCUCUAUAUGAUAUCUGUUUCAGGACUCUUAAGCUUACCACUCCUAGCUUUGGCGAUCUGAACCACUUGAUAUCUGCAACCAUGAGUGGUGUCACUUGCUGCCUUCGAUUCCCUGGUCAACUCAAUUCUGAUCUCCGAAAGCUUGCUGUAAACCUUAUCCCUUUUCCCCGUCUACACUUCUUCAUGGUGGGUUUUGCUCCGCUGACUUCACGUGGGUCCCAGCAAUACCGAGCCCUUACUGUCCCUGAACUGACCCAACAAAUGUGGGAUGCAAAGAACAUGAUGUGUGCUGCUGACCCACGACAUGGCCGCUACCUCACUGCUUCAGCCAUGUUCAGGGGUAAAAUGAGCACCAAGGAAGUGGAUGAACAAAUGAUCAACGUUCAAAACAAGAACUCUUCUUACUUUGUGGAGUGGAUCCCUAACAAUGUGAAAUCGAGCGUCUGUGACAUUCCACCUAGGGGACUUUCCAUGGCAUCGACCUUUAUUGGGAAUUCAACCUCCAUUCAGGAAAUGUUCAGGAGAGUGAGUGAGCAGUUCACUGCUAUGUUCAGGAGGAAGGCUUUCUUGCAUUGGUAUACUGGGGAAGGUAUGGAUGAAAUGGAGUUCACGGAAGCCGAGAGCAACAUGAAUGAUCUAGUGUCGGAGUACCAGCAGUACCAGGAUGCUACUGCUGAUGAGGAGGGCGAAUAUGAUGACGAGGAGGAAGAAGGUAUGGAGGACAUGUGAAAACACUUGAGGACUUAAAAAAGAAUGCGAAUGCUCCAUGCUCUGCUGCGCUAUGUUAUGUGAUGAUUUGUCAACUGCUGUUUCUACUAAGGGGAGUCUGAAAAUUACUAGUUUUUUUCUCUUCAAAGUUAUUCGGAAUGUUUGUGGCAGUUAAGGAGAGAGACUACUGAGCAAGGUUGGGUAGAUUUCAGGUCAUUGUUAAUCAUUGUCUGUUUGAAUUUCACAUUUGUUUUUGUUUUAUCUAUUUAAUUUGCUCUAUGGGUCUUUCUUCAAUGUUGUUAUAUCCAGUUUUAUAUUCUCAUUUGCUCAACUUGCAUUUACUCUUCUA